AUGCGCAGCGGCAGCAGCAGAUUCGUUAGAGUCUUCGGGGCGGCGACAGCCGCAGCAGCAGCUGCUGCGUUGCUGCUGCUCUGCCCCUACACUGUCGUGCAUGCAGCCCCACCCUCUUCUGAUGCUGCAGCUGCUUCACAUGAUGGGGGGCCGCAGGCUCCCCAGGGGGACCCGAACGCCCCGCAAACGGAACCCCAAGAGGAGUUGAUGACUGCAAACCAACUGGACGCUAUCCUCGAAGGUAUUGAAAUAUUUCGCCCGAGAAUGAAGCCGCUGAGCCACGGCAAGGAGUACGACGCUGCAGUUCCUCUUGAGGACAGAGGCCAAGAAGUAUGCAUGCGUUUGCGUGAGCGCAGCGGGGACUGUCCAUCUGCUGCUGCUGCUGCUGCAGUUGCUGCUUUGAGCUGCAACAUGGUUGAGGUAUCAGCAGCAAAGGAGACAGCAGUACAGCUGGAGGAGGCAUUGAUGCUGUACACAUCGCUCAACGCAGUCCGUCACACACACCACCAUCUCCUUGAAGAUGCUGUACACAUCGCUCAACGCAGCUACGAGCGUGGUUUGUCAUAUUUCAACGAGUUGAUGAACCAGCAGCCCCGCAGAGACGGCAAAAGUUUAUAUAUUCCUUUACAAAAAAAUACAGCCCCAGAAGUGAACCUAAGAAGAAUUUGUUUCAGCCUCAACAAACACCCCUCUCCCUCUGUGCUUGAGGCCCCUGACCCCUGCACUCUACACGACCUUCUCCUGCCUACCCAGCAGCAGCAGCAGCAGCAGCAGCAGCAGCAGGAGGGGGAGUACCAGCAGCAGCAGGAGGAGCAACAGCAUCCGCAGCAGGAACAUCACCCGCAGCAAGAGCAGCAGCAGCAGCAACAGGAGCAUGCAGCAGAAGCACAGCACCCUGCUGCGCAUGCAGGAGGAGAACAGGAGGAGACAGCUAGCAGCGGAGACACCCCACAACCCCCAGCAGCAAAAGAAGAAAAUAAUAUAAUACAUGAAACAAGUCUAUUGCAGGCAGCAGAAGAACCCAUAGCUCGGCCUGAACCAGCAGCAACAAAUGUUUAUGUUGUCGAUACACAAAAACUUCACUUUUACUUUCAUCUCGUUGCUGCUACAGGGAUGCGCGUGUGCUUGCAUGCAUGCAGCGGAGAUCGAGAAGUCCAUUCCCCCCCUAAUGACCCAACUGUCUGA